AUGCCAAACACUCGGUAUAAAGUAACGUGCGUCUUAUGCAAAAAAGUGUUUGACAAUGACCACAAGGGAAAACAUUGCAAGGCGAUGCACCCUGAAUAUACUGCUAGUACGUUACCCCUACUCCUCAAGAAUCAAAGACAGUUGGUUUGUUUACAUAUAUAUUAUGUCUUUCUUGUAAUGCUUUGUGAUUUCUGCCAAUUCUGGUGAAAUCGUCAGAAUAAAAGUAAUGUUGCAGACUUGCGGUGUCUGGAGUCUGGACGUCUAGUCCAAUGCUGAAAUAAUGUAACUUGAUAGACAUGACACAGCAAAAUAUUAUUCGGUUUUAAACAAAAUGUGAUACAAUUAUUUCUAUUAGCAUUUUAGUUUUCAGUUACAGUAAACUGUAGGCCAUAUUAGUUCAUUAAAAAUAUAAUGUAAAAUAUUUGUCAUAUAUGCAUGAUUAUAUGGUUAUUUCUUUACAGUCAUUCGGUCCGAAAAAUAAGGAUAAGGAUAGUUCCAUGGAUACUUCAAGAUGUCCUACUUCAUCGCUGCCGACAGAAGACUGAGAACUGCAGGAUUCUGAACAGGUUUGUUAUUAUUUACCUUCAAGGUAGUACCAACUACCAAAUACCAAGUUGAGAAUUGAGAUGGCAUACAUUAAAGUGUGUAAUUUAACAUAAAUAUAUACUUUUACAGUUGACUGUUGCAGUCAGUGAUAGUUUAGCAUUGACAACAAAAGUGAAUGCAAACUUUUCUUGGUCUGAAGAAGAAAACCAGGACGAUUCUGCCCCUGCAGGACCUUCUAUUGACAGGGAUUCGCCUGGAAUUACACCUGUACGUAAUGUAAUAUGAUGUUUAGCUAAUUAUUAUUAGUAGUAUCUACAAUCACUUUGUUUAUUAUGGUUUUACAACAUUUAUAAUAAUUUGCUCAUGCAGGACUUAUUACCUGGUAAAUGAUCAUGGACAGAGCCUGCAAAAUUUGAAGAAAAGGGUUUGCGAAAAGCUGACGAAAGUCCUUAUUUAAGUCCAAUUAAUAGUCCAGAUUUGGGCAUGUUAGAAGUGAGACAAGUUCGUAUAUUUUUUACUUUUUGCAAAUUAUGAUAUUUUUGAAACAGUCACUACUAUAAAAGCAAAUGCCAUACUUUAUAGGAGAAUUUAACCAGCGUAGAUUCGGAUGCAGAUUCUGAUAACGAUUCAGACAUCGUUAUUAAAACAACGAGUGAAUACACAUCCUGGAUUUCCUGUUUUGGGAAGCUUAGCCACCUUUGUGGAAACUUGUCAGAGUGUCAGGAAUUAAUUUCAAGAGUUGAAAAAGUGGAUGCACCACAACCGGAGAAUUUACUUGGCAAACUACUUGAUGUAGUGGAGCGUGUUUGCGAUUUGUCCACUUCUUUAUUGUCCGACACCCAUCAAGCAUUGGCGGGAAUAAAUUCUCAGGAAAAGACAACCGAAUUUGCAUCAACAAAAUUUACACCCAUUAACUGUGACCCAGGAUGCAGAAGAAGAAUCUUAACCGACGAAGAUAGAACGUGCAUGAUCCAACAAGGUCCAUUUCAGCCAAUGCUUAAAAGCUAUCCAAGAAAUAUCAAGAUUGCUGAAUCAAAGCAGUGCCAUUUUUCUUCGGAAUGGUACAAUUCCUAUCCACAUCUUGAGUAUUCCAUUACAAAAGAUGCUGCAUUCUGUUUUGUUUGUCAGGUAUUUUCAUCUGGGAUCGGAAAUCCCAAGGCUGACGAAGUAUGUGAUGCUUGGACAGUGGACGGUGUUCGAGCUUGGCACAAAAUGAAAAGUCGUGGUAAAGGAAAUGCAGGGAAAUUAUCUCAGCAUUUUGCAAGCUCCGGCCAUAAAGCAGCUCUUAAUGCAUUCUUGGCUUUCCAGAAUAUGUCCAGCCACCUUGCUUUGUUACUUGAUAAAGAACGAAGGAAAGUUUUGAUUGAAGAAGAAGCGGAGUUGCAACGCAAUCGUGAAGCCAUUAAUACACUUUUGGACAUAACACAAACUCUCGCACGUCAAGGAAUAUCUUUUCGUGGUUCUUCCUCAGAGAAAGAUGGAAAUGGUAAUUUUCGGCAAAUUACUUCUUUGGUAGCCAGACACUCGCCUUCCUUUAAGAGAUGGUUGGAUGAUGCCCCCAGGCGACCACACAGAGUCGAUUACCUUAGUUCCAGGUCUCAAAAUGAAUUCCUUGACUUAUUAGCAGAAGAUGUUACAUGCAGAGUCACUGCUGAAAUCAAUCAAGCUGGAAUGUUUUCCGUCAUAGCUGAUACAACACCUGAUGUGUCCCACGUUGAUCAACUUUCUGUGGUCGCACGAUACGUAGAUGCGGAGGGAAAUCCACAAGAACGUCUUGUGGAUAUCAAGGUAAUACAUGAUAAAACGGGUGAUGGUCAUGCUCAAGGAAUUAUUUCUUCGCUGAAUGAAAAGUGUCUCGACACUGCCGACGUAGUUUUCCAAUCAUACGAUUAUACGUCUUCCAUGUCUGGUAUCUACAAGGGCUGUCAAGCAAAGUUAAAAGAAUGUCUUGGAAAGGAAGUGCCUUACUUUCUAUGUCUUGCACAUCGAGUGAAUACAACUGUGGAGUAUAGCUGUGAAGCAAGUGACACCGUGUGUAAUAUGUUUGACAUCCUCCAGGAACUGUUUGUCUUUUUUACGUUGAGCGCAAAGAGAUACAACGUUUUCCAUGAGAUAGUAAAGAAGAGUGAUGUCGAAGGAGCAUUGGAAUUACGAAAUCUUUCGGCUACACGUUGGAGUGCCCGUGCAGAUUCUAUUUGA